GAGAAGCGAAAUUCUUUUGAUUGAUAUCACGGUGUUUCUAGUGUGUUCUUUUUUUAAAUUUUACCCCGUUGGUCGUGUGGUUAUUCCUACUUGUCCAAUUUGGUUUUUAACUUGUCAAACUUGGAUGGGUGCGCUUUUGAAAACUCCCUACAGUGUCUCAAACUGAUUGAUUGGUUGAUUGAUACCUCUUUUUUAUUAUCUUUUCUCUUCUUCUUCUUUUCUCUUUUGGUUCCUUUUGUCUUCUUUACAGUUGUUUCAUUUGUCUUGGCGCGCGUGCAGUCUUGAAUGGUUUAUUCCCACAUAUACAUGCUCGCACAGAGAGCACGAAAGAGAGAGAGAGAGAUACAUGCACUGUCAUAUAUUGUGUUUGUCGCUCCCUCUAUCGAAUGUUUUCAAAUGCACUAUUGGCCUGUCUCUUGUCUCUGUUUUCACACUUGGCCACUGAAACUUUUUGCCUUCCUUUUCCUUUUCCUCUUUAUUCUCCUUUCACUUUUCCUUUUUCCUUAUCUGAUUUUGUUUUUAUCUCUGUAUCUCCCCGUGGAGUUUGAUGGGGGGCUCUGGAAGGAAAGGCUCGUGACUUACUCUGGAAAGGCUCUGCUUCUUGCUCAUUUGGUAUAUUUUUCUUCUUCUUUUGUUUUUGAAAGUUGUCUCAACUCUUCUUUUUCUUGUCUUAGCUCCCUGGUUUUCUUAAUUCUUGUCUUGCUCUUUUUUCUUUUUUGUUUACUCUGUCCCACAUUUUUUUUUAUACUCUUCUAUCUAUUGGUCUAGCCUCUUACUACUUCCUUCUUGGCCGUGGAAGGCACAUGGGUUUUACAAAAAUUUAAUAGGUUGUAUUUCUUCUAAUGGUCUCCCGUUUGGUAUGUCACAUUUUGGUGUCCUGUCUUGUAGGUCCUGUUUUUAUGUCUUGUUUUUGUAGG